UAAACACUGUCCCUCGCCGGCUGCCGUACUGGACUACAAUCCCGCGCCGGACUACAUUCCCCAUGAGCGCCGCGCGAGGAGCGCCGCUAAACUCUCUUCAACACACAAACGAGACUAAUAGUCACAAACAACCGAUUUGGGAGGAAGAUGAGGGUGAAGGAGAUACUCAGGACGGCGACACAGGCGUGGAGUCCUGCGACGAAGCACCCCGUGUACCUGGCCUUAGGAACCGCAGCGCAGCAGCUGGAUGCAUCCUUCAACACCAGCGCCGCUCUGGAGAUCUUCGAGAUGGAUUUCGCUGACUCCUCCAUGGACAUGAAGCUCAGAGGCACUCUGCCCACUUCUAACAGGUUUCACAGUCUGAUCUGGGUGGCGUUUGAUAUGGAGGUGAAGGGCUCGUCCGGGCGGCUCAUCGGCGGCAGUGAGAGCGGAAGCGUGACCGUCUUCAGCCCCGAUGCUAUUCUCAGCGCGGCAGAGGACGCCGUGAUCGGACAGUCCAACAAACACACAGGCCCUGUGCACGCGCUCGACUACAACCGCUUCCAGAGUAACCUCAUCGCCUCCGGAGCCAGCGAUUCAGAAAUAUACAUCUGGGACUUGAACAACUUCAGUAAUCCCAUGACGCCGGGCACAAAGUCACAGCUCUGUGAGCCGGCGGAGGACGUGAGCGUGGUGGCGUGGAACAGUCAGGUGCAGCACAUACUGGCGUCUGCAAACCCCAGCGGGAAAGCCAUCGUCUGGGAUCUGAGGAAGAACGAGCCCAUCAUCAAAAUCAGUGACCACAGCAACAGGAUGCACUGCUCGGGGAUGUUGUGGCAUCCAGAUGUGGCCACUCAGCUGCUUCUGGCAUCAGAGGACGACAGACUUCCAGUCAUACAGAUGUGGGACCUUCGGUUUGCCACCUCGCCUCUCAAAGUCCUGGAGAGCCACACCAGAGGGAUUCUGUCCAUCUCGUGGAGUCAAGCCGAUCCGGAGCUUCUUCUGAGCAGCGGCAAAGACAACCGGAUCCUGUGCUGGAACCCAAACACCGGAGAGGUGAUUUACGAGCUGCCGACAGCCAAUCAGUGGUGUUUCGAUGUGCAGUGGUGUCCUCGUAACCCCGCCCUCCUGUCAGCCGCAUCGUUUGACGGACGGAUCAGUGUGUACUCUGUGAUGGGAGGACGUCUUCAGCAGCAGCAGCACAGCACGGUGGACCAGAUAUCGGCUUCAUUUGACACCAGCGACCCGUUUGGAACCGGUCAGACUCUUCCUCCUCUGCAGGUUCCUCAGCCCUCAGUCGAAACCACCAUCAUCCCUCCGCUAAAAAAGCCGCCCAAGUGGGUACGGAGGCCCGUAGGAGCAUCUUUCGCGUUCGGAGGGAAGCUGGUGACGUUUGAGAGCCCUAAUGUGGCUCCGCAGCAGCCAAUCCGGCGACAGGUGCAUGUGAGUCAGGUGACCACAGAGACGGAGUUCCUCCAGCGCUCGGACGAGCUACAGGCCACUCUACAGUCAGGAUCCUUCAGCAGCUACUGCCACGGCAAGAUCAGCAGCGCCCCGUCGGACGCCGAGCAGGACAUAUGGAGGUUCCUCAUGGUGAACUUUGAAGAUGAAGCGCGUGUGAAGUUUCUGCGGCUGCUGGGCUUCAGUAAAGACGAGCUGCAGAGGAAGAUCUCAGCGUGUUUGGGGAGGAAGCUUCAUCCGAACGGUUUAGACGUGAAUGAUCUGGCUGAGAAGAUGCAGACGCUUUCUGAUCAGAGAGCAGAUGAGUCAGACGGUUUGUCCGGCCGUGAGUCUCCGGCUGAUUUCUUCAGUCAGCUACCAAAGAAAGAGAAAGACCGAGCGCCCUUCCAGAUCCCCGUGUCCUCAGAUACGGACGGUCUGAUCAGUCAGGCUCUGUUGGUGGGGAACUUCGAGGCUGCGGUGGAUCUGUGCUUGAACGACGGCCGUUUCGCCGAAGCCAUCCUCCUGUCAAUCAGCGGAGGGGAGGAGCUACUGAAGAAGACCCAGCAACGCUACCUCCGCCAACAGACCAACAGCGUCUCCAUGCUGAUCUCGUCAGUGGUGACGCAGAACUGGCGUGAUAUCGUCCAGAGCUGUGAGCUGGAUAACUGGAAGGAGGCGCUAGCGGCUCUGCUGACCUACGCUAACCCCGAGGCGUUCGCUCCUCUCUGCGAUACUCUGGGUGCUCGUCUGCAGGCUGAAGGCACAGAGAAGUGCUGUCUGCAGGCCUGUCUGUGCUUCAUCUGCUCGGGGAACAUCGAGCGUCUGGUGGAGUGCUGGACGUCACAGAGAGACUGUUCUUCUCCGCUGGCGCUGGAGGAUCUGGUGGAGAAGGUGAUGAUCCUGCGCAAGUCGAUCGAGCGUCUGCGUAGCGGCGAGGUUUGUGUUCAGAGCUCAGCGCUGACCGAGAAGCUCAUCCAGUACUCCAGCAUCCUGGCAUCACAGGGCAGCUUGAGUUCAGCGCUCCGCUACCUCACACACACCGGUGAGACGCAACACACACACACUCCUGCAGCACACACACAGGGGCCCUACGGAUCCACAGCUCCUCCUCAGAUGCAGCAGAUGAUGCCCCGUCUCUUCACUCCUCAGUCGCGGCCCGAUCCUGCCGCUCCUGCUGGAGCUCCACCGUCGAGCCUCAGACCCUGUGUCUACCCACAACACCCUGCCACAGCUCCGGGUUUUGCGCCGUCUCAGCCGUUUGCUCAGUCUGGUUCUUUCGGAGCUCCAGUGGGUUUCAUGUCCGGCCCCUCGAUGUCCGGCCCCUCGAUGUCGGGGCCCUCAGUACCGCCCUCCUCGCCCCCGGGCCCCAUGAUGCCCCCUCCGCCCGGCCCAGGGUUCCUCUCACCCACGUCUCUGCCCUCGUUUCCAGCGGCUCCUCCCGGCGGGGCCUAUCUUCCUCUUGGAGCCGGGUAUCCUCAGGGCGGCCCCGGAGCCCCAGGGGCCAAGAUCUUCAGCGGCGCCGGUGUCCCGCCUCCACUGACAGGAUAUUUCCCAUGGCUGGUGUGCCACACAGAAGAGGAAGUUCGGGACGGGUGGAACGACCCUCCAGCUGUACGCGCAGGACAACGCAAGAAAAAGCUGCCAGAGAACUACACUCCCCCUGCUCCGAUCACAGCACCGGUGAUGGGUUUCCCGAUGGAGGCUCCUGUUCCUCAGGAUCGGAUCCAGGUGCCACCCGGAGCCCCUCAGGAGCCCAGCGUGCAGUCCUUACAGCAGCUUCCUGCUGAGCACGUGGAGCAGAAGGAAAUCCCUGCCGAACACAUGAUCCUCAAGACCACCUUCAGCAGCCUGGUGCAGCGCUGUCAGCUGGCCGCCGCAGACCCGGUAACACACACACGCACACACACACGAGACACAUUGCAUACACGGCUGCCAAGAGCUUUCUCAAUCUGGCAAGCUCUAAUCUAAUUUGCUGUCUUUAUGUAACCGUCUGGAAUUGUUGCACAGGUUCAUAUCUGGCGACAGAGACGGGGUCGUGUUUACAAAGUACAAUCUAGUGCAAUAGAAUUUGCCAAAGUUUGCCAAGUUAGUUGCAUCAUGUAAAGUACAUUUGCUAAGUAGGCUGCAUCCCGCUCCUGCCAGUGUCAGGGUUGCCAGGUCCCAGAAAAAUGUCCAGUCCAAAGCCUUCUCAAAACCUGCACAAAAGCAAAGAAAACUAGCCUAAUUUCCCCGUCCAAUCACAGCUGAGGAAUUUCCAUAAAGUGUAUCAAAAUAAACAUUUUGAUUUUAUUUAAUCUGUUUUAAAUCUUAUUUGGGUGAAUUUAGCUAUACUUGUUGUUUAAUUAGUAUGUGCAUAGAUCAUUAUCUAAUCUGUAUU